AUGGACACUCCAACCACCUCGGAUGCCGCUUCUACUGCAUCAUCAGCUGCCAACUCGAGUGUUGUGGCAUCUGAUCAGCCCACUUACACCACAGCCGGAACCAUAUACAAGCCAAGUUCAUCUCAACCUUUGCAGCCGCCUACUCGCCGCGGACGUCUGCCCAAGUGGUCGGCUUGUGGUAUUCCUUCCGAUCUUGCCCUCUUUCCGAAGACGGUGUUGGCAGGGCUGUCGCUAAAAGGUCCCAUAAGCCGUCCUCUCUCGGCGCUGCGGCAGUACACUCCUUUGCAGCAGAACUACGACCGGGCCGUAAGCCCCUUUGGCGAACAGGAUCACCUUGCUGCGAAGAUGCCGAUAGAUACGCCGCAAAUUCGCUCAGGGAACACUCCGAAGGCCCUCUCGGCUUCCUUGGGCGAACAAGAUAGCCAGGACAAAGUGGCGACACUUUAUCAGGACCAUCAUUCUGUCGACGAGAGCAGUGACAAUGACAUGGAUGACUGGGAUAAAGACUGCUUCAGGAGAAUUCCGACCCAGUCUUGGAAUAAUCUGGCUUCCUACCCAAAUCCCAGCCAGAAGCGUGCUCAGAUGAGGCUUAAGAUUGGAAAAGGGCUACGGCCACCUGCCUUGGACUCGGCUGCCAUGGGGACUACUGCUCCGACAAGUCCCCCGGCUGCGGCAUUGUACAAUUCACCGAUGGUGUCAAGCGAUGCGGGAGGCUACUCAUCUAAUACAGAUAACUAUGGGAAGCAAGAUAUCUUCAACCUGAGGCGGGCUCAGCUUGAUGCUGCGUUCAAAAUUGAGGAUCCAUGGGUCGAAAGAAAUGGCACACCAGCUCCUGCUUUACCAAACCCCGUAAAGCUCAAUUCGACUGGAGGCGAGUCUUCCAAGUCUUCGGAUAAGCUUGUCUCUGCGAGCGGUGUGCCGUUGCCAUUGACUGCUGGACCGCCAGGUCAGCGACAAUAUCGCCCCUUGGCCGUUGAGCCGACUUUCAAGUCGCUGGCAAAUGCAGGCCGCUCUUCACCUGUGAUGUCUAAUCCAGAGGAUGAAGCAGCAUUGAUGAUCGCAAGUCAGACUCUGUUCCAGGCUGGCAUCGAGGAUGUGUCCAUCGAUUCUCUGGGGUCCCUAUUAUCAGUUGCCACUUUGACUUCCUCGUCGCAGGCCAUCCCUAGGGAGGACCUCGGUCUGCAGCCGAGAAUGAAACCACCAACAAUUCCCACUGCCGAACAAGAGCUACUGUACAACUCUCGAGCAAUGAAAGGUUCCAUAGAGCGCAACAAACGUUGGGAUCAUAACGAAAAACUGAUCCAAAGCAAAAGUUGGCGGGACUCAUCUCCGGACGUGCGAGCUCUUUACAAACCUGGUACCGACCGGUUAACGGACGAAGCGUUGGCUGCCCGUAAUAAAAGGACCGAAGAAUUAUGGCACUCUGGGUCAAGGUCUAUAUUGAACCACGCCGAAGACGCAACCCUCAGAAGACGCCAGCCUCAGCAGGAUCGCAAUAUUGGAGUGAUUGGGGAUAAACGACCACGGGCUGUGCCUGUAAAAGUGUCAGAGAAAGUUUCGGUCGAGGAAGCACAACGAAUCGAUGUUUCAGAGCACGCAAGGUCGCUUUUGGAAAUGGCCAUACACGUUGUGGGUCGAUACCAGGACAAAAGGACAACCAACAAACCUCAGAAGACGUUCUAA